UUUCUUUUUUAUCUUUUUAAAUCAGUGGGUUCAUGGUUAUAGUUUUUCUUUCGUCAAAAUUAGUGACAGUUGGGUGCAUUAAAUCUUCCAACACGGCUUUUAGAUAAGGAAGAUGAGCCCAAUUUAAGAUCUCAACUGUACUCUUUUUCCCAAGCGUUCAUGGAGUUUCUUUUUUCUUUUUCCACUAUAUAAACCCUUGUUGGAUACCUCAGUUCUCAUCAAAGUUGUCUUUUUUAAGUGUUGGAGAAGAUGACUGCUUCUAGGGUUCUUCUUGUUUUGUUUCUUGGUGCACUUGUUUGUGCCACUAGUGCUAGGAAGCUUACGGGUGGGUUUGACGAUGAGAAAAACCACUUCCAUAGUCGGCCGAGAUUCGGGGGUGGAUUAGGAGGAGGUGGUGGUGGUGGAGCUGGAGGAGGGUUAGGGGGUGGUGCAGGUGGUGGAGCUGGAUUAGGUGGGGGUGCUGGUGCUGGUGGUGGACUUGGUGGAGGUGGAGGUGGAGGGUUUGGAGGCGGUGGUGGAAUAGGUGGGGGUGCUGGAUUCGGAGGUGGUGCCGGUGGUGGGUUUGGAGCUGGAGGUGGACUAGGUGGUGGAGGCGGAGCAGGUGGAGGAGGUGGGUUUGGUGGUGGUGGUGGUGGUGGAAUCGGAGGAGGAGCGGGUGCCGGGGGUGGAUUUGGAGGUGGAGCUGGUGCAGGCGGUGGAGUUGGAGGAGGAUUACCUUGAAGUCAUGCAGGAGAUAUAAUGUCUACAUAUGUUUUGAAUUUUAUUCUGUUAUGAGAAGUAUCGAUCAAAAUGUAUUACGUGUU